AUGGGGUACGCAGGGGCAGGCUGCCUGGCAGUGCUGGCCGUGCUGUGUGGGGCUCUUGGGGACUCUCCCAGCAGAGGCAUCAAAUGUGGGGGGGUGCUCUCAGCACCCUCUGGCAAUUUCUCCAGCCCCAACUUCCCAGGGCGAUACCCCUACGAGACAGAGUGCAUGUGGCUGAUCGUGGUGGCCGAGGGCUCCUCCGUCCUGCUCUCCUUCAGCCACUUCGAGCUGGAGUACCACGCCACCUGCGCCUAUGACUACCUCCAGGUCUACAACGGGGCUGCCCGGGACCGAGGCAACCUCCUGGGCACCUUCUGUGGCCACAGCCCCCCACCACCCUUCUCUUCCGCCUGGCACGUCAUGGCUGUCGUCUUCCGCUCAGACCGCCACGUGGCCAAGCACGGCUUCGCCGCCGCCUACCAGAAAGACGCCUGUGGUGGGCAGCUGACGGGGCUCUCCGGGGAGAUCACCAGCCCCCGCUAUCCUGAGAGCUACCCCAACGAUGCCGAGUGCCGCUGGAGCAUCGGGGGGGGCGGCGGUGGUGGCCCCCUCACCCUGGUGUUUGCUGACUUCCAGGUGGAGGGGGGUCAGGGCUGCAGCUUCGACUACGUGGCCCUUUUCGAUGGGCCCACCACCUCCGCCCCCCGCCUGGGACACUACUGCGGCAGUGUCCGGCCACCCCGCACCAUCUCUGCCACCCCGCACCUCCUCAUCCUCUUCAAGUCAGACUUCAACAUCGUUGGCAGGGGCUUCAAGGCCCAUUUCUACUCGGGUGAGUGCCAGGAGGUGUUCACGGCCAUCAAAGGGAAUUUCUCCAGCCCUCAAUACCCCAACUUCUACCCCAACAACCUCAAGUGCCAGUGGAGCAUCCAGCUGCCCCCAGGCUACCGGGUCAAGGUUUUCUUCUUGGACAUGGAGCUGGAAGGCCGGAGCAGCCUGACAGGCAGCUGUGACUAUGAUCACCUGGCCGCCUUCGAUGGUGGCACUGAGAACAUGUCCCUGCUGGGGCGGUGGUGUGGGCGGGAGAGCCUGGCACCUGUCACCUCCCGCAGCAACCAGCUGCUGCUGGUCCUCCACACCGACCGCAACACGGCCAAGAGGGGCUUCUCCGUGGCCUAUGUGGGAGUCGUGCCUAUGAACGUCAGCUGCACCCGGACGGACUUCCACAUCCAGAUCCCCAUGCAGUCCCUGGCCCGGCUGGAGAGGAAUAGGAUUUACUUGGGGACCCCCUCCUGUGCAGCCCAGGUGGUUGGUGGGAGCUUUAAAAUACACACCAGGUUCGACACCUGUGGUGCCGAAUCCCAGAAACGCAACAGCACGUCCGUUAUUGUCAGCACCCUCUACAUCGACUUUUCAGCAGGCGAGGAGGAGGACAUCCACCAGUAUGAGGUGCAGUGUGAGCCAAAAAGGAAGGAAGCCUCGGUGACCCUCAUCGCUGGCCCUGACCCGUCCAGGGUCAGCCAGGCAGAGAACCUGGUUGAUACCCAGCAGCGGGAGAGGGAAACAAUGGACAUUAAUGAAAUCAAGAGCCAGGACACCAGCGACAUCGUCUUCAUCAGCAUCUGCAUCCUGGCUGGGCUCCUCAUGGUCAUUGCAGUGGUGGGGCUGGUGCUUCUGUAG